AUGGAGACAAAUGUCGACGAGGAGAACCAGUUACUUGGGGCGUCCAGCCGGAUCUACCGUGCACGCUGGUGGAUACUUUUGUUGUCUUUUCUUCAUUUUCUCCAGCAGUGUUUCAGCAUAAAUACCUGGGGACCAAUAGCCCAGUCAGUCAAAAGAGCAUUUGACUGGGAAGACACCACCAUAGUUUUUAUUCUCAACAUGUGUCGAGCGGGAAGCAUGGUUUACAUAUGCAUCGGAUCAUACGUAUUGGACAAAGCAGGUUUACGGGUUGCUAUGCUGAUGUAUUCUGCUACUGCGCUAUUUAGUAACGGUUUACGGUCGCUAAGUAAAGACAAGAGCAUUGCGUUGGUGUCAAUAUGUUUUUUCUUUAAAAGGCUCAUUACCAUCGGGGAGUUUCUCAAAGGAUGCAAUGGAGUAAUAACAUUUGCAGCGCCGCCAAUUAUUGCAGACAGGUGGUUUCCACCAGGAGAGAGAAUUACCGCAUUAGCUAUCAUGAUACUAGCGGCAUAUGUUGGAGAUGGGGUCUCCAGUAUCAUUGGGCCAAAGGUAGUGGAGAAACCAAUUUUCACCCACGAUAGUAUUCUGCAUAACUCAACCGUAACUGCAAACUCGACGAGAGUUAUCAAUGGCGAGGAAAUGUUGGAUGAAGUGAUGACCUAUCUCUAUGUUCAGUGUGGAGUGUCGGCAGUGUUGUUCAUUAUGACUGUAGCUUACUUCCCUGAUAAACCGUCAUCGGCUCCAAGUACCUCUUCUGGUAUGUCACGUCUUAACUACCUGGAAUCCUUCCGGAAACUCGUCAGAAACAAGCAUCUGCUAUUAGUAGUGGUGGUUUUGGGUGUAAUAAUGGGCAUCUACACGUCCUUUAUUCAAGUGACAGACAUAAUAUACGAUCCUUUGGGCGUUUCACAGUUGAGCGCUGGGUGGAUAGCAUUUUAUACCAUAAUCACAGGCAGUGUACUUGGGUUCUUCAUAGCAAGGUUUUCUGAUAAAUUUAUGAAGCGACUCAAGUCAGUUCUUUUAGCUAUGUUUGUACUCAUCAUAGCAACAUCUCUGUGGACGGCUUUACUUGCUAAUGGAUUGCUUCCUUACUCUAAAUGGCAGUUGUAUGUAUCUGCCAUCGUGAGUGGUGCUGUGAUGAAUGCCUCCUUCCCUCUGUGGUAUGAGGUUAUUUGUGAAAUGUCCUUCCCUAUACCCGGUGGAAUCAUUAACGGAAUGGCUAACUUCGUCGUCGUCGUCUUUGCCAAUAUUUUUUUUGGUCUCAUGUAUAUGCCUGUAUCUGACUACAGAUGGUUGACGUGGACUAUGUUUGCUUCGUCCUUGCUUGGUUUUAUGACGUUGUUGUUAUUACCGUUGACCUACAUUCGGACAGAUAUUGAUAAAGAGGCUAAGGAUGAGGAUGACAGUCGUAGCAACGAGGCCGACAAUAUCAUGAUGGAAACCUGUACUCAAGAAAAUGUAGGGAAGGAUUAA